UUUGUUUUGUUGAUUAAUGUAGUGACUGACUUUAUGGAUGUAGUUUAAUUUAGGUUUUUCCCGUUCUCCUGUACUUUGUUUUAGUACUCAGAUUUUCCUAGGUUUUCCCAUUAUUACACGUUUUCUACAUAGUUGUUUUAGACCAUAUAUAUAAGUAGUAUUUGUUGUUGAUAAAAUAUUCGAUCUACAGUGUGAUCUAUAGUGAAAGUACCACAAUUAUUGCUCAGUGAUGGUGUUCAGAUACUAGGAUCUAAGUUACGUAAAAUGUUAAAGUCAUGGAGCAUAGUGAUCAGCAUUGUGUUUGUAUGUGCUGCGCAACACGCACCAAGCCCCGACCCCGGCCCCGCUUGCGACUCCGACUUGGAGAACAGUGGAUGUUCAGAAUACCAGAAACCUGACAAUUCUAAGCGAUUUUUCUUAAUUAACGGAACAAAAUUGUCUAUAGACUGGAACAUCCACACAGUGACAUUAGAAUGUCUCAUUAAUAUGGGACCAAUGGACAUUGAAGCGUUGCCGUAUUUUAGAGAGCGCCAGGAUUUCGAUAACGUGUGGAUUCAGGGCUGCACAUUGGGGAACGCGUCGGUGUCUGACUUGCUCCGCGCGCUCAACGCCAGCGUCGCCGGCAAGCUGGCGCUCGAGCGCGUCUGCGAGCCCCUCCGCGCCGCGCACCUCGCCGCUCUGCGCCUGCGCGCCUUCAUGCUGUCCGCCGGGGCCUGCAACACCACCGUGCUCGAACCCGACUUCUUCCCCGCGCUCGAGGGCACCGGGCUCAGCGAGCUGUGGACGAGCGGCGUGCGGUACUCACAACCGCCGCGUGGGCUUAGUAAAUGGACGGCGACAAACGCGAUGCUGCGGCGGCUGCCGGCGAACGCGCUGCUGAACCUCACGGCGCUGUAUCUCACAGAGCCGCUGCUGAGUGACGUGAGCGCGCUGGCUGCGGCGAGCGGGCUGCGCACGCUGAGCGUGACGGCACCGCUGGCCGAGCUGCCGCCGCUGCCCGCGCUGCUGCGGCUGUGGCUGUACGGCUGGACGGCUACUAACCCGGUGCCGCUGGCAAGCUGCGAGGGGCUGGAGUCGGUGUCGGUGCUGAACGCCGCGCCGCGGCUGCCCGCAGGCUGGCUGGCGGGCUGCGCGCGGCUGCGGGAGCUGGAGCUGCGGUUCGUGCGGCUGGCGGUUCUGCCGGCCGACCUCGUGCGACACAACCUCGCGCUGGAGCAACUCUCGAUCCGCAACGCCGGCCUCACCUCGCAGCGGCUGCCUGUCGACUUGCUCGCCACGAACACCAACUUGACGACGCUCAAUCUCUCUCAUAAUAAAUUGACAACAAUCCCCAGUGCAUUAUUUUUUAAACAUCUGGAAAAGCUGGAAGUCCUGGACUUAUCUUACAACUCGCUGACGACACCGACGUGGCGGUUCCCCGCGGCGCCCGCGCUGCUGCAGCUGCGGCUGUCGCACAACCCGCUCGGCGACGCCUGCCCCGACCACCACUCCGGUCUUGUGCGCACUCCGCAGAAUUCAUGGCUGCAGGAGUUGACGUCUCUCCGCGUGCUGUACCUACAAAGCACGGGAACCUCGCGACUGUGCCGGGACUGGCUGAUGCUGAUGCCGUACCUCGCAGACCUCCAGCUCGCAGACAACUUUAUCAGCGAGCUCACGUAUGAAGACAUGCACCCGGUGCGGAACCAGUCCAGCAUCAUCAACCUCUUGGGCAACAACAUCACCACCAUCUCCUACUCCAGUGAAGACUACGUCAGCGCCGGCGCUGUCAGCGAGGACCGCACUCGUACGACCAUAAAACUGGACUCGCCUUUGCGCUGCGACUGCGGCGUGUACUGGUUCGCGGCGGCGCUGGCGCGGUUCCCCGCGCACGCGCACGCGGCGCCGCGCUGCUCCGACGGCGGCGCGCUGCGGGCGCGGGAUCUAGCGCGGCUGGCGUGCGGCGCGGCGUGCGGGCCGCGCUGCGCGUGCCAGUUCGUGCCCGCGCGCGCGCAGCACGAGGCUCGCUGCGACGCGCUCCCGCCCGCGGACGGCGCGCCGCCGGAUUUCCUACUCGUGGCGAACCUGUCGUUGGCGAACACGAAUCUGACGGCGCUACCGAGAGUAGACAUGUUGCCGCCGCCGCUGACGGAGCUGGACCUCCGCAAUAACAGCAUCGGGCGAGCGACGGAGGAGGAGCUGGCGCUGCUGCGGCGCGCCGGACUGCGGCUGUGGAUGUCCGGGAACCCGCUCGAUUGCCGAUGUGGAUAUCGUGCGCUUGUAGAUGCCUUGAUUACGAAUCAGGGUCAGGUUCUCGACUUCAACGAUCUGCUGUGCUCCGACUCCACCCCGGUGGAGCGAAUGCCGUGCGGUGUGGGGGUGGGGACCAUCGCGCCGCUCGUGGUGGUGGCGGUGGCGGCCCUAGCAGCCGCCGUGUUGCUCGCGUGUCUGUGGCGCCCCCGAACUCGAGCGAGACUGAAGAUGGCGUUGCGAGCGCUCGGCGUGCGUCUGCCGGAGCCGGCGGCGAAGGACGACCAGCAGUACAAGUACGACGUGUUCGUGUCGUUCGCGGAGGCGGAAGGCGCGUGGGUCGCGCGGCAGCUGGUGCCGGCGCUGGAGCGCGCGGGGCGGCGCGCGUGCGUGCACUACCGCGACUGGGCGGCGGGCGAGCUCAUCCCGCGGCAGAUCGCGGAGUCGGUGCGCGUGUCGCGGCGCACGCUGCUGGUGGUGUCGGAGGCGUUCGCGCGCUCGGCGUGGGCGCGCGCCGAGCUGCAGGCCGCGCUGGCCGCCAGCGCCGCCGCCGCGCGCCCCGCGCCGCUGGUGGUGCUGCGCGCGGCGCCGUCGCCCGCCGCGCUGGCCGCCGCGCCGCAGCUGGCCGAGUACCUGCGCGCGGCCACGUACGUGCGCGCCGACGACCCGCGCCUGCUGCCCAAGCUGCUCGCCGCCCUGCCCGCCGCCGCCGCCGCGUGACCGCGACCCGCAUUCAUAGUUAUUAUAUGACAUUUAGCAAGGUCGCUCGCAACGACUAGUCAAGAAGUCACACUGCGGCAGACGUCACAUACUCGCAAACUAAACAGCUAGUGCCAUAAUUAGAACGCUGUGAAAUUACUCUCUCUCAUAUCUCUUGUACUCAUUAGGGUAUAUUCGUUUUUUAGUAUUUAAAACCUUUUCCACUUAAUUUAAAGAUGUCACAAUUUUCGAUUAAUUUUUAGAUUUGGCUUCAAAUUUCUUAGUUUUUUAGGAUGCUCCUUUUUACUCGCAAAACGUUUAUUGUACUGCGGUCAAACACUUGUCGAUGUACAGUAAUGUUACAUAUAUGUUCAAUAUGUGAUUAAUAAUAACUCAGCAGAUGCAAUCUCAAUAAGCUUUGAUAAAUUAAAUUUAUUCAUUAGCUAAUACGCCAAUGUCAGAAUUGGGCUGUGACGCUCUUCGCCUUGUACCCUUUUGUAUAUUGUGAUAUUCUUACAAAAAGAUAAACAAAUGUAUUUCUAGAACUUAGGCCUAAUUGAUAUUUGGGCUGUUGUUGAAAAUGACAUUAUUCCUAUAUCAUUCCAUAUUCUUAAAUGUACGGUGCUAAAGAUCUGAGAUUUGCAUGUUUAUAUAUAUUUAUUAUUAAUUUUAAUAUGGUGUCGUUGGAUUUGUAUCUCGUAGGUCAUAACACUAGACUUGUUCAACAAUAGCGUAAGACUUUUGAUAAUUCCUGUUUUUUAUAAUAUUUAAAUUUAUACUGUGAACUAUUUUCUUGUCUUUAUAAACAUAUUCUUUAUUGUUUUAAUAUGUUAUAUGUUUGGGUCAUAAGUAACUUGUAAGUUUAUGUACUCUGGAAAUAUAAAUAAAUAUAUAUUUUCGUA